AUGAGUCGUGCUAAAGUGUACGCUGAUGUAAACUUGAGAAAACCAAAGGAAUAUUGGGAUUAUGAAAGUUUGCAAAUUAACUGGGGUUCUCAAGAUAAAUAUGAGAUUGUUCGUAAAGUAGGUCGCGGAAAGUAUAGUGAAGUCUUUGAGGGAAUAAAUGCUGAGACUAACGAAAGAUGUAUCAUUAAAGUUCUCAAACCUGUAAAGAAGAAGAAAAUCAAGAGAGAAAUCAAAAUUCUUCAAAAUCUUUGUGGAGGAACAAACAUUGUCAAACUUUUAGAUGUUGUUAGAGAUCCAGAAUCAAAAACACCAUCACUUGUGAUGGAAAAUGUCGAUAAUACUGACUUCCGUUAUUUAUAUCCAACAUUCACAGAUUUUGAUAUUAGAUUCUACAUGUAUGAAUUAUUGAAGGCUCUCGAUUUCUGCCACUCUAUGGGUAUUAUGCACAGAGAUAUCAAGCCUCACAAUGUCAUGAUUGAUCACAAGCAAAAGAAACUGCGUGUUAUCGACUGGGGUCUUGCUGAAUUUUAUCACCCUGGACAAGAAUACAAUGUUAGAGUUGCCUCAAGAUACUUUAAGGGACCAGAACUUUUGGUAGACUUUAGAGAAUAUGAUUACUCUCUUGAUAUGUGGAGUUUAGGAUGUAUGUUUGCUGGAAUGAUUUUCAGAAAGGAACCAUUCUUCCAUGGUAGAGACAAUUAUGACCAAUUAGUUAAAAUUGCAAAGGUUUUAGGAACUGAAGAAUUGUAUGAUUAUUUGGAUAGAUAUUCAAUUACUCUCUCCGCUCACUAUGAAGGAAUUCUCUCUAGAAAUAGAUAUCCAAGAAAACCUUGGUCAACAUUUGUUAACAAGGAAAAUGCUCAAUUGGCAAAUGAAGAAGCUAUUGACUUUUUGGAUAAAUUACUUCGAUAUGAUCACAAACAAAGAAUGACAGCAAAGGAAGCUAUGCAACAUCCUUAUAUUAGUAGUAUAUUUUGCAAAUUAGAAAAUAACCAAUCGUCCACUGGAAAUAUGGACACCCAUGAGUAA